AGCGACCUGUCUGAAGUCCCACAGUGAGGAGGACGGAGAGCAGACAAGAUGGACAAACUUCUUCUGCUCAUCAUGGCUGCAUCAGGGCUGAGUGCUGUCUCAUCAGCUGCUGGACUUCAGUACUAUUUUGUUUAUGACAGGAAGAACUUUACUGAAGCCCAAAGAUACUGCAGAGAGAAACACACAGACCUGGUCACUGUAGACAGCAUGGAGGUUAUGAAGAUCCUGACCAACACGGCAGAUUUAGACAACAUGUUCUACUCCAACAACAGCUACAGAGCCUGGAUAGGACUGUCCCGUGGCAGCUGGAGGUGGUCACUGUCAGACCCAAGUUACUACAAACCCGGGGAGACGGAGUUCAGACGAUGGUACCCUGGAGGACCAAACGCUGGAUACAGUUAUAAAGCCUGCACAGCGAUGAACCCUUAUUAUAAUGACCUCUGGUAUGACCAUGGUUGUGACAACAACUUGUAUCCAGUCUGCGCAGAUGUCAGAGGAUCAGAUGUGACUUUUGUCUUCAUCAACACCAUCGGUAUGACAUGGACUGAAGCCCAGAGCUACUGCAGAACUUACCACACAGACCUGGCCAGUGUGAGGAACAUGGCAGAGAACCAGAAGGUACUGGCGAUGAUACCUGGAGGAUCCUGGGCCUGGGCCUGGAUUGGCCUUUUCAGAGACUCCUGGAAGUGGUCAGAUGGAAGUACCUCCUCAUUCAGCUUCUGGAAGAACGGCCAACCUGAUGACAACAACGAGACUUGUGUGGCUGCAGACUUCAGCCAAUCAGGAGCCUGGGAGGACUGGCCCUGUGACAUGGAGAGAGCGUUCAUUUGCUACGGUCCAGUGGUUCCUGUUGCAAAGAAAGUGGUGUCUGCUUCAAAGAAAGUGCUGAAAGUGAAGUUUGAGAACAAGAAGAAUCUGGAUCUGAAUGACCCUGCUGUGAUGGAGGCCAUGUUGAAGCAGCUGAAACAGAAGCUGAGGGCCCAGGGGCUGGACGACAACAUCAAACUGAGCUGGAGGAAGCAGGCCGAUGGAAAAGUCUUCCACAAGGAAGACAAGAAGACCAACAAGAGGAGGAGGAAGAGGGAGGAGCUGUAAUGUUGAGUUGCUUCCAUCAGAGAAAAGUCUGGUUCUUUCCUCAAAGAUGUGACGGAGCAGAAUAGAGCUGCAACAAUCAGCUGAUGCAUCCAUUAUUCUCUUUAGUGACACUAACUCAUAUGUAAUGAAUAGUUUAGUUUCCAUUUAUUAUUGUUGUAGUGAUUCUUACAUUCUUUAUUUUAGGCUACAUAACAUUUUAGUCAACUAAAACCAGCAUCCCAGCCUCCGUACGUCUCCAGUCUUAUUGUGUAAAUGUUGGUGAACAUCAACAGAGAUCUUGAGUUUCUGUAGACGAGCUAUGGAUUACAAAUACUAAACAGAAAAAGAACAUUCUCCCGGUUAAGAAAGUAAAUGUAUGUUAAAGUGCCCAUAUUAUGCUCAUUUUCAGGUUCAUAAUUAUA